AUGGCGUCACGAGGCUACACGCAGCACGCCUCGCCCAUAGCCACUGCAGUACGCACGCUCGCGCCGCGGCCGCAUCUCGGCGAGCUGUCUGUCCCACUCACUCGUACCGGAUUUAGGGGUCGGGCGCGGAAGCGGGAGCGGCGGCGGGCGCGCACACGUGGUAUGGCGGGCCAGGUGCGCCCCGCCCCGCGCCCGCCCCGCCCGCUCCGCUCGGCGCGCUGCCCAACCGCUCACCUAGUCAGACGCGCGCUGCACUCGAUGCCCGAACGCCGGGAAAACACGAGCCGUUUUCCGCCGCGACAGCACGCAACUUUCGGCCGACCUGUACAAUCUAAACCUUGCAGAAGUCCAUCAAUCAAGUACCACUACGGGAGGACAAUUGUAACGGAUCGCGGACAUCAGCAGCACUUAACAUGUCCAACUAGACUAUUCAGCGCUCGUCUUAAGAGA